UUUGUGUCGUUCACAUGGUUUCGUUCGUGAACGCGGCUUGUUUGGUCGUGCGCGCCCACACCAAAAAUCAGAAUUUCGGCACGGAUUUUGUGGCGACAAGAAGCCGGUGAUCGGCGGAAUACAACUUUGGAGAGAACCCUGCAUCAGAGCUGCUCGCUCGAGAAAUCGUCACUCGGGAUGCCGGUCUGACUGGAAUUCGGCAGCCAUGUCGACCAAGCGCCAGACGAACGACAGUAGCUCCCCCACUAAGGGCGGGGGCGGCUUUAUGUUCGGCAAGGCGCGUUCCAGUGUCAGGAUUCUACGGAGGAACAGCAACCAAGUCACCAACGGGUCGGACUCGACAACCAGCACGCCCUCGUCCAACCCCUUCGGUCGGUGGUUGCGUGGUCUUGGCGGAAGCAACCAUAAUAGCAAUCAGAACAACAAUAAUAGCGACGCAAAUGGAGUCGCUAGCACAGAAGAAAGCCUAAACAGGGCCAAUCCUGCGUACCACAGCGAGGGCAAAGGGUUGCGGAAGAGAAGCAAGAAUAAGGACAAGCGUCGCUACUCCUUCAACGAAAAGGUCGACAAGUCCGCCGCCGCUAUAAAGGCAAAUGGAACCAAGGAGGCCGCAAAGGCCGAGCCUCUCUCUCCAGCGGCCAAAGAGGCGGCCGGGCCGAAAGCCCCGCAAGUCCCUUCGCUCCCGAUGAGCCGCUCCACGCCGAAUCUGCAGCAGCCAGUCAGCAUUUUUUACAUCAACGACGCCCCCGCUCCCGCUGGCAUCACUGGGGCGGGCGGCCACCACCUGCAGCAGCCGCCCCCGCCGAGUCGCUCCGACUCGGUGGGCUCGCUGCCGGCCUCAUCCUCCUCGGGCCUCAGCAGCUGGGGCAGCAUCCAGGACGCGUCCAAAGCUGGGUGGGAGCAAGCGCCGACCCCGCCAGUGCGAGAUGCCAGCAGUCUCAAGGCCCUCAGAUACGGCCCGGGCCACGAGAAGUUUCCCUCGUGGCCUGUGCCCGCCGCCGCAGACCAACUGCCCGCUGUCAAGCAAUGCUGCCACAACACAGGAGGAUCACACAGGUCUAAGUCCUGGACGGAGCAGACGGACUACCCCAAGGAGCCUAACGGUCCUUACUACUCUCGCCCCUAUCUGAGGAGGCAGGCGUCCUCAGGUAACACCCUGAAGACCGUGCAGGAAAGGUCGGAGGCGGCUCUGAUGUUUUCAGAGCCACCUCCCCCUGAGCAGCCGCAUCUCAGGUCGCUGCCCACCCUGGACAGGGAGGGACAGGCCAUCGGCGACCUCAGGUACCUGGCACCAUCUCCUCCCGAACGGGAUGCUUCUGUUCAAAAGACAGAACACCAUCAGAUGCCCCUCUUGACGCAGGCCGACGUGGAGGAGUAUGCUAGAACUUACGACAGUGCAUUGAUGCGGCAUCAGUCAACAGAGCUCUUCAGCAAUAACGGACCGGUGCAUCAGUCGCAGGGCAGUUAUGCCCAAUCUGAGGGAUACCACAGCUAUGUUUCCAGCACCGACUCAACCAAUACGCCCUUUUUAGACAGGCUUCGUCAGGACAGUCAAGGGGGCAGUGGCCAUCAUCACCAUCAUCACCACCAGGCAAGCGUUGCCAGCAGUGGAGUGGCGUGGGAUGAUGAUGAGGUGGCCAGCACCAUGGAGCCGUCCGCCGACCAGUGGCGAGGCUCGCUCAGUGACAUGAGCGUCACUUCCAGUUCAAUGGGCCUGUCCUCCUUGAAUACUCGGCAGCUGAUCGCGCACAGCUCCAAAGUGCAGACUCCGCAGAGGCACAUGUCCGAGAGCGUGCUCAUCCUGUCCUCGCAGCACAACCAGCCAAACCUUUCCAAAAACAACUCGUCUUGGUUGAGGGCAAACAGAAGUUUCAACCAGUCUACUGGAAAUAUUAGAAAUUCCGCCCUUCACAACUUCUCCGUGGCUGAAAGAGUGAAUGAGCUGGAGCGGCACAAUUUUUCGUGUUCUACGUCUGCGCUGUCAGCUCCGAAGCUGCAGCCAAGACCGAAACCCACGAAUCAGUCUUCCUACAGCUCGUCCAACCUGAAAGCAAUGCAGAAGGAGGCGUUGCUCAACUAUUACGAGAGGAAGCAACAGCAGACGAACAGCAGUUCCUCCUGGAAGUCUGAGCCGUACCUGGCGCCUCCACCCGCGCCUCCCAGGUCGGCUGCCGUUGAAGCUUACAGGAGACCUGAACAGCCUGAUUUUGAGAGGCACCUUAGUGAUCCUGAGCCGUGCUACCUGGCCAAGCCGGUGUCCCUCUCGCCGCACUCGGACGGCAGUCUCCGCAGGCAGAGCCACAGCAGUUCAAGUAGCAUCUCGUCUGGUGAGCCAUCCCACUUGAGCCCCCACCACGUCAAGUCGCCACUGAAGAAGCUGCCAUCGCCCACGGACACCUCGGCAGACCUGCUUGGUCCCCUGAUCAUGGGGGCUCCAAUCUAUUUGGAUGACUGGGUGCCUGAAAGGCCUCCGAAAAAGCCCCAUCUGCGGGCGAAUAUCGGCAGGCCGCUUCUGGCGCCGCAGCAGCCUCCGCAGCUGAAGAGAUGCAGUUCCAGUCCUGAACCGCCACCACCACCCACGCCACCUCCACCCAGCCACGAAGAUGAGGUCUUCCAAUGCGACGAGCCAUUGCCUCCACCGCCUAAUGACAUCGACAACGUCUGCACUGAUGUGAACAAUAGCAAGAGUUCGAGCAUUCCGUCGACCGUUGUGUCUUCGUCGUCUGCCAGCUUGCUGCGGUGCAAUGUGGACGCGCCAUGCAGCAUCGAAGGCUCGUACAAACGCACCCCCGAGACGCCGGUGAAGGCGGCCGUGGUGACGACUGCGCUGACGGCCACGACAAGGGCCAGCAUCGCCUCGUCUGUGGCCAUCGGCGUGGCGCCGGCGCUCGCCUCUAGUGCUCCGCGCAUCCUCCGCCCCCUUAGCAACAAACAACGCGACCCCCUCGUCCUCAACAACAAUAACAACAUCACCAACCUGAACAACAACAAUAACAACACCAACUCCGUGAAGAACAGCCUGGACGGCGUGGCGAAGCAGUUCUCCGCCUUGUCCACCAACAAUAUUCUGACCAAGAACAAAGGACUCUAUGAAAAGAGACAGGAUGACCAGAGGCUCAUCAUUCCACCCAAGAAGCCAACCUACGUCAGGUCCACCCUGAACUCAGAUUGCACCCCCGCAGCCCCGGUGGCAAACCGGAGCCUGAAGCCGGUCGUGCCGUCCCUCCCGCCCCCGCCAACAGUGCCGCCCCCGACUGAGCCAUGUGAAUCUCUAAGCAACCACCUGGAUGCCUCCAGCCAAACAGAUCUCUCAAGCAGAACGGAAGCAGCGCAAGAGCCGAGUUCAAACAAAGAGGCCCCCGCUGCUCCCGCGAGCAACCCGGUGCCAUCACGGCUGGCCUCUGAGGUGGCCCAGAGGGAGGAGGAGGAGUGCGCGCAGCUGACCAGGGACCUCGCCAGUCAGCUCCCGCCCUCAGACAGGCUGCAGGAGAUCUUGGCGCCACAAGUAGAGAAAAUAAAGCCUACAGAGUUUGUGGAAGGUCUCUUCCAAAUCCGGCCACCGUCAAGGGCGUCUUCAAAGUCGUCGGCCUCAUCGACGAAGCCCUUGAGUCCGCCCCCUCCCUCGACGCCCCCCAAGGAGAGCAGCCCCAAUAAAUCUGCAGACACAAGUGCGAGUGAAACGCUUCCGGCUAACUCGGUGUACUUCACAACGUCAGAGCCGAAAGCAAUGUUCCUCACCAGGUACAGCAAGGACAUUUCCACCAGCAAUCCACCCAUGACGGAAAACCUGCAGCGCAAAAAGGAGGAGUUAGUUGCACGUUUGUCCAAAAAGCUGGAGAUCCUGAAGGAAGAGCAGACUGUGAUGGCCAUGGAGAUCAAGAUCAACGAGAUGCUUGGACUCGGACUGCAGGACAGACUGAAAGAGGCCUCAAAGCACCAGGAGGCAGCAAAGCUGGCUCUGCACGUGGACGAGGUCGGCAAAAUCACAAGCCUGCUGCUCGGCUUGUCCGGCAGGUUGGCCAGGGUGGAGAACGCCCUUGUCGGACUGAAUGCCGUUCCUAAGAGUGAAGAAAAAGACACACUGCUUGCCAAGAGGGAAAAGCUGAGCUCGCAACUGACGGAGGCCAAGUACUUAAAGGAGUGCAUCGACAAGCGGAGCACACACCUGGCAAAGAUGCUUGCAAAGAUUCUGGAUGGCGACGCGUCGACGGACUUUGAGCACUUCAUCUGCAUGAAGGCGUCUCUUCAGGUGGGCACGCGGGAGCUGGACGACCGGAUCGGCCUUGGUGAGGAGCAGCUGGCCGCCCUGAAGGAGACGCUGGCCGCAUGACCCAUCCCAUUGCUGCAAUAAUUCAUAGCAAACCCACUCCCAUUAGCGUUUGUUAUUCAGCGCGGGUAACGAUCGCUAGUGACGCGGACACAAGUUUGAGCGAGUGCAGACGCAGCCUUAAAUUAUUGUUUCACGCGGCGUCGUGAAGCAUGCCAAUUUAAGAAGAGCUUUUCUCGUUUUAAUUAUUUGAUAACUCGAGUCUCUGAUUGUAUGCAGACUGCGCCUGCCUGUCUGGAGUGAAAAAUUACUUAAAUCGCAAAUAAAAUUGCAUUUAGUCCUCAUGUUUCGAAUUUUUUCUCGUUUGCAAAGUGAUGUUGUUUCAUCCUGAUCAAAUAUUUUAUGCCCAAUUGACUUUCCCCAGCUGGAACUUUUAAUCAGACAGCGGCAGCGCGAUUUGCCAUAUAAAUGUGACGCAUCUUGUUGAUUAAAUUAACUCUGUAACUAGUCUCUCCCUGAGUAAACAGAUUGUGUAAAUAGAAGAUAAACAGAAAUAUGCAAUUUUGUGCAGAAGCGGAGAUGCAACUGCUUAACAAGCAGUCGCGAUUAAAAUAUUACAAUAUUAUUACCUAGAAGAAGAAGUGUCUCUCUUUUGUCUUGAUGAUUUUGUUAUUGAGGCUGUCUUGUGAUAUGUGAAUAUUAGAUUUUUGUUGAAGUGUUGGAAGCAGGAGAACGCGGAAACGUCAAAUUGUUACGCAAAGGUUGUAAGCCCAAAUUUGUUUUCUGUCUGAAAAGAGUCCGAAUAAUUUUUUCCACGCCCUCAGCCAAAUUGUACCUAACCACUUUUCACUGGUGCUUAACUCAUGCAUUACGCAGUGCUUGGUUUUACUUUGUAAUUCACCUCCUCAUACUGUUUUAAGUUUUUUGUGCCAGGUCAGAGCUGAAUGAGUUCCUAAAGUCUCUGAUCACCUUAAUAGUAAAGAUGUAAUUAGCGCGAUUAAUUGUAUCAUCUGUCCACAAAAACAGCAAAAAAGUUUGGGAUUUCAGCAACUUUGUUUUGAUUAAUUGAUGUACAAUUAACUAUUUUUGCAAAACUGAAAGCAUGUGCUUUAAUUUGGAUGUAAAUGAUUGAAUGUGAAAAUGAAUCUUAAAACACUAUGUAUCUUGGAAUAAAAAAAUCAAAUACAUUUGUUAUAAAGUGAA